AUGGUAAAGCGGGAGUUAUGGCGAAAUCCACCCUCACUCUAUUACGAGGGAGAAACCGUUUUGAUUCGAGUCCCUGUCUCAAAGAAAUUAGUUAAGGGAAAGAAAAACUCGCUAAAGAACACCUGUGAAGGGGUGAUCCUUGAGGCUAAUCAUUCCAUGCACAAGUACUCUAUCAGCUACAAUGAUCCCGUGACACUUGAGAGCGAAACGAGGUGGUUUAAAGUAGAUGAUGUUACCUCAGUAACAAAAGAAGAAUAA